UGCAAAACAGUUAGGUUUAUAGAGUUAUUUUCUGCGAUAAGUUAAUACUUGAAUUAACGGUACCCGUUUACUUCACUGUUAUCAACGAUCAGCUGAUAGUCUCCGGUCCGGUUUACUCUUUUUUUUUGAAUGAUACUUGUACGUUUUAGUACUUUCGGUAAACAUUUAGUUUCACAAAAAUCUCUUGAUACUUUUCCACGUUUGGUCAGAAAAUUUUGUUUUCUUAUGGAUCCAUCAGAAUUAGCAAAGAAAUCAGCUGCUUGUAAAGCAAUCGAUGAUCAUAUAAAGAAUGAUUGUAAAGUUGGUAUUGGAAGUGGAUCUACUAUUGUUUAUGCUGUUGAACAUUUAGCUCUGAAUGUGAAGAAUAAUAAUCUGAAAGUUUUAUGUGUACCAACCUCUCUUCAAGCAAAACAGCUUAUCAGGGAACAUAAGUUAAUUUUAAGUGAUUUAGAAGAAUGCCCAGAAUUAGAUUUUGCUUUCGAUGGUGCAGAUGAAGUGGAUGCAAAUUUAACUUUAAUUAAAGGUGGUGGUGGUUGCCUAACUCAGGAAAAAAUUGUGGCUUCUUGUACUAAGAAUUUAAUAAUUUUGGCAGACCAUAGGAAAGACUCAAAAUCUUUGGGUGAGAACUGGAAGCAAGGCAUUCCUAUUGAAGUGAUUCCUAUGGCUUAUGCUCCAAUAAAAAAACGAUUGGAAGAAAUGGGUGGAUCUGCUGUUUUGCGAAUGGCUAAAGCAAAAGCAGGGCCAGUCGUUACGGACAAUGGAAAUUUUCUGUUGGAUUGGAAAUUUAAUUUCCCUUCCACUUACGAUUGGAAAUGUAUUGAUGAAAAGAUAACGUGUUUCCCAGGUGUAGUUGAUACUGGCCUUUUUGUUGAUAUGGCUUCAAAAGUGUAUUUUGGACAUCCUGAUGGAACUGUUCUAGUAAAGAAUCAUUAACCUUGAUGUUGUUUUGAAUAACAAUUUGAAUCUCCUUCGUAUUAUAACUGUAAAAUACUACUAAUUUUUUUCAAUAAAUUUUAUA